UCAUUGAAGGAUUUUUUAUAAUCAUGGAGGGGUGACUUAUUGAGCAAGGUGAUGAGGUGCUGACCUGGGAUGACCUCUUAGAACUUGACUCCACACACGUUGAUAUAGACACUCUGAAACCAUGAUGAGAAGGUUUUUGAAGAGCCAGAAGGGCCGGUUCUCCCUUCGCCAAAGCCGAUCGGGAUCCCGAAGCGCCUCAAAAGACUUCUACCCAAACCCGAACAUGCUGAGAGAAUUUCCACUGAAUAUUGGAGAUUUUGCCCUGCCUGCAAAUAACCAGGGCUGGCCAGAAGAAUUUGGCUUUAAGCUGGGUGGAGAUGGACCCAGUUACAUCCUCUCUGUGGUGGAGGGAAGCAGUGCAUUCAUGGCCGGCCUGCAGCCAGGCGAUCAGGUUCUGGAGAUCGAUGGGCAGAACGUCUCCUCUUUUAGCACUAAAGCUCUCAUUGCUUUGGCCCAGACCCUCAAGACGGUGCCACCCAGCAUUGGAGUCGUGUCAAGAAUUGAACAGAUGGACAUUGCCCCAGGGCCUGAUGGUCGUUUUGGCUUCACCAUAGUGGGAGACAGCCCCCUGUUGGUGGAGGACUGUAUGCCCAACUCUCCAGCAGGACGGAGUGGACUGCGAGCAGGUGACUAUGUGAUGGAGGUGAAUGGGAUUCCAGUGAAACAGCACGAGACGGCGGCCGCCAUGAUCAAGGCCUCUCAGGGACGUACGCUUCGUCUGGGUGUGCUCCGUAUAAAUCGCUGGAAGAAACGGACGAGCACCAGUAUGAAAGAGACCUAUCAGAGCGGAGACAUCGUCAGACAGGACCGCAAGUACAAAGCUCUAGAGUUCAACAAGAAGGUCGAGGAGAUUUUAGGUGAGGAGCCUGAAGUGAAAGAGAGGCUUUUUGAUUUGCUGAAGCAGUAUGCAAGUGAGAGGGAUGUUGAAGGGCUGGCUUCCACCCUUCCAGAAAUACUGCUCACUGAGGAGCAUCAGCAGCUGAUUGACAGCAUCAGGAUCUUCAUCCCUAAGAAGCACAGGCAGCGUUUUGACGAGAUGGUCUCUCAGAGUCUGAUGAGUCGCUUGAGGGGUCGAAGUUUCAGCGAGCACAGGAACAAUCGGCUUCGUCGCAGCCGGAGUGAAGACCACCCUGAUCGUCUGCUGUCUGUGUCCACUCGAGCCAGCUCCGUGCCCCGGACCUCCAAUGAGGAAGUGGGGAUGCCACCUGCCCGUGGCCUCCGCAAGACCACCUCACUCAUCGCUGGACACUCCAGCUCUUUCUCAGCUCGCAGGACAGUACGAGUAUACAAAGGGAACCAGAGUUUCGGGUUCACUCUUCGUGGUCAUGCUCCAGUCUGGAUUGACUCUGUAAUACCAGGCAGCCCUGCUGAGAAAGCAGGUCUCAAACAUGGAGACCGCAUCCUGUUUCUCAACGGUUUGGACAUGAGGAGUUGUUCACAUGAGAAGGUGGUGUCCAUGCUGCAGGGCAGUGGAGCAAUGCCCAGCCUGGUGGUUGAGGAUGGACCACCAGCCUUCACCAUGACUGAACCUGAGCAGGUAGAGAUGUCUCCUCGCUCCCGUGCGCCUGUGCUCAGCUCUCUACAGUGGGUUGCUCAGAUCCUGCCUUCCAGUAUCCGUGUACAGGGUCGCACCUUUAGCCAGCAGCUCGAGCACCUCCUUACCCUCCAGGAGAGAUACACCAUCUGCAAAUCCCUAGAGGCCUUCUUCCAACACAGAAAUGUAGACACUUUGAUUGUGGACGUGUUUCCAGUGUUGGAUACCCCGGCAAAGCAAGUGAUCUGGCAGUUUGUUUACCAGCUGCUUACCUAUGAAGAACAGGAACACUGCCAAAACAAAAUCUCACGAUUCCUUGGCUAUAAAGUCACACUACCAGCAUCAGAACCUGAACAUCCAGCCCAUGAGCCUCACCGGCGCAGCAGCUCCAUGAAGGUCACAGGAACCACCUACAGAAGCAGUGCGAGGGAACGCAUCUCAGAUGAUCUAGUUAUUGGCACCCAUCUGGGAAUGGGGAUUUGCACUGAGCCGGUGGAGGUGGCACCUAUGAGACUGACUCCUGGAGAGAGACAAUCAGGGGAUGGAACUUCUUUACCAGAGACGCCCAACAAUCUCACCAAUCUGUCAGCAGUGUAUGCCGAGCUAGAGAAUGUCUAUGCUGGGAAGAGAUCCAAAUCCCUGAAGAGUCGACCCCCUCCGACUCAUGACACACUGGUUAGUGUGGAUGUCUUCCCACACUCUUCCUCACAGCCUGUAAGGGCUCACUCGUCUUCUCCAUCUGUUCGGGCCACUUCAGGGAGCCGCAAAUGUACAUCAGCGCAGCCUGCACCUCCUCCCCACCAGCAUGAAUCUUGGAAAGAGGAGCUGUCCCUUAGUCCCCAGUGCCCUUGCUACCCUCCAGUUCUUCCCUCCCAAACAAGUGCUGAGUCCAACCCUUACAUCAGUUUGGACAGCCCAUCUCUCUCUCCACCCUCUCCACCCGAUUACCCUGCGAGUCCACCCAUUCGCAAGAAGCGUUACACCUUCUCACGCCCGCCCCGUACCCCGGACACAGAUCUGUUUAUGGAGGCCCUGAGUGAGCAGCUGGGACAGCAGUUAUCUGUGGAUGACUUUCUAUCACCAGAGAAUGACUAUGAAGAAGAUGUUGUCCAGAUGACCUUCCAGAAUGAGGAAGAGGAGAUAGAGGAGGAAGAGGAGGAGGAUGAGGAAGAGGAGGAAGAAUACAUGCCUCCAGAGCUAAGCAGUCCAAGCGAAGUGCAUAGUAGCAGCGAGGAUGCCAGCUCUCUCACAUACUCCUCUAGCUCCGAGCACAUUCCUCCACCCCCUCUGACUCCUCCACCCCCACCCCCUGUCCAAUUCAACGACCCCCCUCCACCUGCUUGCUUCACCCCUGACCAUGCACCCCGUCAACUCACCUUCCGUCGCCACCCUGGACCUCCACCACCACCUCCGCCAAGGGCUAACCCGCCACCUAAACGGCAGUCAAUUCACAAGGUGUUGCCCUCCCAUGACGAGAUGAUGACCCAACACCAAGUCCUUCAGGAUCAUCACUCACUUCCAGUACAAACCACAGCUAGCCACUCCCAGCAACCUCAGCAGCAGAUGCACCAGUCUUUGCCCCCUAUACCUUCUCCAGAUACAACCAUCCCCGGUCACACAGUGUAUGAGAUGCACCAUCAGGUUCUUCCGACUCACCAGAUUCAUCAACACCACCAGAUUCAACAGAGUCAUCAGAUGCAUCAAGGUCAUCAAAUUAAACCAAGCCACCAAUCACAGUCGAGUCAUCAAAUGCACCAAAGUCAUCAUACACACCAGACUAUUCCUACUCAGCUCUCUAGCUCCAUGGAUAGACUUGAUAGGAUUGAUCAAAAUGAAUGCUCAGAUAGACAUAUCUAUGAGAUGCAGUCCCAACCCUCGCAUUCAGAUCAAGAGAUUUACCAUGCUUAUAAGAUUCAUCAGAGUCAUCAGGCUCAUCUCUCGAGUUCCAUGGACAGGCUUGAUAGAUUGGAACAGAUGCAGCAUUUGGAGCGUAUGGAGCGGAUUGAGAGGCUGGAGAGAGCGGAUCGACAAAUGCAUCAGGCGCACAUAGUUCAAGCCAUUUCUCAAGCUAUUCAUCCAUCUCAGCAGCCUCAUCAGACUCAACAACAGUACCACCACCAGACACAUCAGACUCAUCAAGCCUACACGCCAACCCAGCCUCCAAAACCAACUCGCCACAUUCACCAGAUUGAACACAUUCACCAGGUUCAGCCCAUUCAGACUGCUCCUCAGUACCACCAGAUUCAUCAACCACACCAACCUCACCAGACACAACAGAUUCUGUCCACCUUCCAGCCCCAUCCUUCGCAACAACAACAGCAACAACAGCUUGACCAGCAACAGCAGAUGCAGCAGCAGCAACAGUUUCAACAGCAGCAUCAACUUCAACAACAGCAGAUUCAGCAGCAGCAAAUUCAGCAGCAGCAAAUUCAGCAGCAACAGAUGCAGCAGCAGCAGCAACAACGCUCCACUCCCUCCAUUGUACAGGCCAGACAGAGUCCUCAACCCAUGUACCAAGAUCAUCACCAUCAUCACCACCAUCAAGGCCAUGAUGACGCCCAAUCUCAAGCGCAACCACCAAGUACACCCCAACAUCAAAUCCACCACCACACUGAGGAAUCCACUGUGGAGCCACCACCUCCACCACCUUUACCCCCACCUUGCGUGCCUCCUCCUCUCCCAAAGUCCUCACCACAAAAAUCAGAUUCCAGUCAUAUGAGUGUGAAGAGGUUACGCUGGGAACAGGUGGAAAAUUCAGAGGGAACCAUUUGGGGACAGUUGGAAGAAGACUCUGAUUAUGAUAAGUUGAGUGACAUGGUGAAAUAUCUCGACUUGGAGCUUCAUUUUGGGACACAAAAGAACCCUGUUUCUCUUCCAGAGCCCUUACCUCAGACAGAGACUUUCAAAAAGAAAGACUUUGUAGAGAUUCUCUCCCAUAAGAAGGCCUACAAUGCUUCAAUCCUGAUUGCCCAUCUGAAGCUGUCACCAGGUGAACUGCGGCAGGUACUGAUGACGAUGUCGAGUGAGCGGUUGGAGCCUCCACACAUUAAACAGUUGUUGCUGUAUGCACCAGAUGAUGAUGAGGUCAAACAAUAUGCACAGUACAGAGAUGACCCAAGCAAACUCAGUGAGCCUGACCAGUUUGUCCUACAGAUGCUUUCAGUGACAGAGUAUAAGACCCGAUUGAAAAGCUUGCAUUUUAAGACUACAUUACAAGAGAAAACCGAAGAGAUGAGAGGGGCCUACGACUGCAUUUUCAAGGCUUCACUGGAGCUCAAGAACAGCAGAAAACUGGCCAAGAUUCUGGAGUUUGUAUUGGCCAUGGGGAAUUACCUGAAUAAUGGCCAACCAAAGACCAAUAAAACAACUGGCUUUAAGAUCAAUUUUCUUACUGAACUCAGCACCACCAAAACAGUAGAUGGAAAGUCAACAUUUCUUCAUAUCCUGGUGAAAUCAUUGUGCCAGCACUUUCCUGGGGUUCUGGACUUUGGCAAGGAGCUUAUGACAGUGCUACAAGCUGCCAAAGUAAAUCAGAAAAACAUCACCUCUGACUUUAAUGACCUACAUGCCACAAUCCAGGACAUUCGUUUAGCCUGUCAAAAGAUGCCAACCAGUGCCGAGGAUCGUUUUGCUGUUGUUAUGAGUGGUUUUCUGGAAAACAUUCACCCUGCGGUGCAGUCUCUAGAGUCUCUACAGCAGAGAGCGAUGGAGGAGUUCUGUAAAGUCGCAUCCUUCUUCGGCGAGGAUGGAAAGGCCGCCACCACAGAGAGCUUCUUCGGUAUCUUUGCUGAGUUCAUUGCUAAAUUUGAGAGAGCUCUGAACGACAUCCAGACCACAGAAAACCCUCCGCGCAGUCCCAGGAGUCCCCGCACGGCCUCUCCUUUAGCCUGGUGAAGAAAUCACCCACAUCUGUCCAACAUUGUCACUUACAUAUACUUCAAUAUAUACUAGUCCACAAUGAAGUGGUAAUUCCUGGACACUGUAGCAAUAGCGUGCAAAUCCCGCAAGUGUCCUGCUGAGAUGUAUAGGUGCAUUUUGAAAACAAGUACAGAUUGCACAGGACUGCUACUAUAGAAGGAUCAAUGGUGCAGGGAAAUGGCACAAAUGGUUUUAAAGCCACCUCUUGUUUAGAUUUAGUGAAAGGAUCUGAAGAAUUGUGUACAGGAUGAACCUGCUACCGAUUGUUUUUGUCACCGCGAAACAUUUUUGCUUCUUUCAAAUUGACAGGUCAAAAAUUGGGGCAAAAAUUGCCACCAAAGUUUUUUCUGUGUUUUUUUGUAAACCUAAUAUGUGGAUUUAGAUAAGAAACUGUAUAUUAUAUUUAAUAUGAAAUGUAAUUAACAUAACUGAAAGGGUGAAUUCAGGUAAACUGGGCUACUUUUUGACACUCAUUUGAAUGUUAAACGUGACCCAGUUUACCUGAAAUCACCAUAUUAAUAAAGUUGUUGUUUUGGGAAAAGUGCUUUGCUAAACAAUGUAUCUUAAAUGUCUUUGGGUUCAGAUUUAUUAAUGAGUCCUUGUUAAAAAAGGUGUUUUAUUAAGCAACUAACUAUUUGAAUCAAAGUGUUGACAAACUGAUCAAAUGUAAUUUCUCAAUGUAUUGUGCAAUAUAUUACAAAAUGAAGAAUACUAAUAAAUAACUGCAUAGACAGAUAUAUAUUAUAGUAGCUACCAGAGAUGCAGUCAGAUCUUAUAUUGCUUUGCUAGUUGUGGGCAAAUGUAAUAAAUGUGAACAUAAAAUAGAUUUUACUAUACAUAUUUGCUAUUUUUAUUUAAUAGUACCUUUAUGCUGCUAGCUUGCUUCUAUUCAUUUGGCCCAUAGUGAAUCAUAUAAUACUCAUGUAUCAUGCUGUUAAUUGCACAAGAAUGUUUAAAUACUAUAUGGGACUUUCCAUAUGAUUUGUAUUAAACUAUCCGAAUGUAAAAAUUCUGCAAAUAUUAUCCUCCGAGUUAAAGUGCUGAUUGUGAAUCUGUGUAUUUAAUAUUUGAAUCAAUAAUGAUUCGAAUUUGUACAUCAUCGAUUUUGUGUUGUGAGUAUUUUUAUUAUGUUUUUAUGAUCAAAGCACACUUCAUAGCUGUCAUUUAUUAUUGUUGUUUUUAUUAUUGAUUUGUUGAUCAUCCUGGAUAUUGUUGUUUUAUUUUAAGGAAGUAAUCAAGAAUUUUAAUGACUACUUCAUGUGUACGCUUUCAGUAGAUUGGAUGUAUGACCAAAAGAACUGAUCAUUGAAAACUGGAAUAUCUAACCUGAACUUGAAACUGCCACAGAUGUCUGCCAAAUUAGUGGUUAGUGCUGAUGAAUGCAACAACAAAAACUCAUUUAUAACCUAAAGCAAAUACCACACUUGUAGAGCAGUACAGCACUUUUACAAUCAUUUAUUCAUUUGAGAAACUACAUUAAGGUUAUUUUUAGAGAUUACAAGUUUUCCUUUUGUAAUGUGUUAUGUUUAAUAAUUGUUGACACCUAUAUUAAGUAACCGUGUAUAAACGGUGUUGCAACAAUGUUCUGUUUUCAUUACUGUUUUAGCAAUAAA